AUGUUGGCAUCAGCCAUCACCCUGUUUCAAAGAAUCCCUGGCAGUACCAUUUCAACUCCAGCUAUGCAAGUUAACAAAGGCAUCGGCGUGAACGAAUCCCACAAGUGCAAUGUGUGCAGGCCUUGUGUCACACACAUGUCUGACAAGGCAGACGCUAGCCCCAUUUGUGAGCAGACGCUUACCCCAGAGCACUCACACACUGCCCAACAACUCAUGCAGUAUGAUGGCAAGGAGCAGUUCACCUGUCAUGCACAAGAGCACCCACAUGGUCUAGAGCCUGUUCAUGUGCAAAGAGUUACAAGUCAUAUGCUGAUGCACAUCAGUGAGAGGCUGCACAAGUUCGAGAAACCGUACAAGUCUGAGUUGGGUCCAUCUGCUUUCUGUCACAAGAGGUCACUGGACAGUCACAAGCAGCUGCAUGCUUAUGGAGUGGACCUAUGCCACUGCCAAGAGUAUGGCAAGACAUUUGCACAGAGGGAAGCCUUGGAGCAGCACCUCCAGUAG